CGACCUGAAGCGGGAUUUGCUAGAGUGAUUACUCGCUCCUCAGUGUCCACGUUGUGCAGGUUUCUCCUCCUCCUCCUGGUGCUGUUGACACCCCAGCUCGAUUCCUCCAGCCCCAGGCGAGCUCCUGACCCAUCAAGCCCCAUGGCUACAUGCUGAUGACUAGGGACUCCAAGUUGCAGACCGAGGAUUGUAGCAAAAGUAGCAGGAAUAUGAUGGAUUCGGCUCGGAAGGGUACAAGGCCCAAAGCUGGGGCUGUUCGCUUUGGGCCUGAGAGCCAUGAGGAGGGAGCAGCCAAUCACGUUCACUUUGAAGAGAAAUUGCACGAUUCUGUUGUCAUGGUAACCCAAGAGGACGAUGGCAGCUUCUUAGUGAAGGUUGGUUUCUUGAAGAUCAGUCACAAAUAUGAAAUCACGUUUCUGCUGCCAGUUUCCCAGAACCUGCGGCAAGAGACCCACUCUGUCCCCCUGGCUAACCUUUACCUGAAGCUGAUUGACAUUGCUCCAGUAGCAGAAGGUUAUCGAGUCAAAUGCGAGUACAUUGCCCACAAGGAAGGCGUAAUCAGAGAAGAAAUGGUCAUGGCCAGCAAGAUCAGUGAUUGUCCCCCUGUAAAAGUUACGUUGCAGGCCCGAGUCCUGGACCGUCUGCAUGGAACCCCGAUGCUGCUGGAAGGUGUCAAAUGCGUAGGCUCAGAACCAGAGUACGAUUCCGAGCAAAGUGACUGGCAGGGAUUCGAUUAGCUGACGCCAGAACACUGUGCUCCUUUCGACCACAACAGCCAGGCUGUGUUCCCACACGAAGCUGUGCUCGCUAAGCUGUGAAGUGACUCGCAAAGUUUAUUUCAACUGAAGAUCAGUCUUUCUCGCUCUCCCUCUUUAUUUUAGUACUCCAGUUUUCUGCUUGUAAAUGUUAUACUCCUCUGGGAGCUAAACUUUUUUAAAAAAAAGUGAAGGAAACUUCCACAAUGUCUGUCCUCUUAAUUUUGACUGGUUCUCUCCUAUGUUGCCAUUUAUGGAAUUAAUCAGAGGAUAUACCCGUAGAAUGUACAGUGGAGUACCAUUCAGAAUGUGUUUAUUUUGUCAUAUUGGAAAAUAAAUAAAUGAAAUCCAUUCUUAAUUUA